AUGGCCAAGGCCUCCCUGCACCCGCUCGCAUUGCUUCUGUUGGGUCUCCCCUUCUUGGCCUUUGCAGGUGAUGUUCCCGUCAUGAAAGAUGUCGACGGCGCAAAGCUCCUUGGGAAGUGGUACCCAGUGAAGGUCAUCAAGACGCAUCCUGAUCCAUUAGAACUCUACGCCUACACUAUAGAGGCCACAGCCGACGGAGCCAUUACAACCAASUUUGAGGUCCCCAAGGACGGAGCUUGCACUGUGAGAAAGCUAACUGGAAGAAAGAAAAGCCCUGGGGUCUUCACCUCGUCAGAUGGAGAUGCCACCAUCAUGGAAACGGACUACAAGACCUACCUCUUCACACAUUUAUCCAACGGCAAAGCGCGCAUGCUGGCACUCUAUGGUCGAGAGAAGAAAGUGUCUAAGGAGGUCAAAAACAAGUUCAAAGCCUUGGUCAAAAAAGUGGGGCUGAAACCGGCACAUAAGUUUAAACCGAAGGAAGAAGAUUUCUGCAAAAGCCCUCCGGCAUAG